AGGUUUUAUUUUGGGCUAUUUAAAGUAAUAUUAAUGACUUUUUAACCGACUGUCGCUAGUUUUUCCGGAAUUAGGUUGAAGUCCGAAUCCGUAGAUUCACUUUCUAUUUACAAAAUCCAAGAUGUCAGCCCCCAUAAGUCACAUUAUUUUCGAUGUUGAUGGUCUUUUACUAGAUACAGAAAGACUUUAUACACAGAUAACACAAGACAUUGUAUCUAAAUAUGGCAAGAAUUUUACCUGGGCAAUCAAAAGUAGGCAGAUGGGGAAGAAAGAAACUGAGGCAUCAAAGAUAAUAAUUGAUGAAUUAGAAUUACCUUUAACAGUUGAAGAAUAUCUAGCUCUGGCACACAAGGAGCAGGAAGUAUUAUUUCCAAAAGUUGAUUUCAUGCCUGGUGCAGAAAAAUUGGUGAGACAUUUUCACAAACACAACAUUCCCAUUGCCAUAGCAACAGGAUCCAGUCAACAUUUGAUGGAUCUUAAGACCAGAAAUCACAAAGAUUUCUUUAGUUUGUUCUUACAUUCUGUAGUAAGCACAGAUGAUCCAGAGGUUAAGCAUGGUAAACCAGCUCCAGAUAUAUUCAUUAUAUGUGCUAAAAGAUUCAAAGAAAAUCCUAUCCCUGAAAAGGUGUUGGUAUUUGAAGAUGCACCCAAUGGUGUAGAUGCAGCUCAUGCAGCAGGAAUGAGGUGUGUAUGGGUACCACACGACGAACAAGACAGAAAUACACAUAAAGAUAAAUGUUCCUUAGUGUUAGACUCCCUAGAACAUUUUGUGCCAGAACAUUAUGGCCUACCACCUUUUGAUUUUUUAUGAUUGUAGGACUUUUAUAGGGUAAUUUUGUGCAAUUUAUAUAGGAGAAUGUAAUUUAAUUUGAUUUAAUUUAUUUUUAAUUAGGCUGUUUAAAUCUAUGUGAGCCAUUGUCAUUACUUAGCAUUUACAUAGACGAUAACUGUUUAGUGUCUUUAAAUAUUAGCUGUAUUUGUACGCAACUAAGAAACAGGUGUAAUGGCAGCUUCAGCAAGAUAUUACUCCAGUUUUAGACCAGACGAAAUGACUUUUUCAUAAAUAUUGGCACAAAUAAUUUUAAUAUGUUAUCAAAAAUUGAAAAAAUUGUAAGAAAGAAGGGUACAUGAACUCGUAUUUAAGUUAAACUAGUCUCAAUGAUAAAAAUCAGUUGUAAAAUACCAGUACAUAUUUCCUGGAUAUGUCACAGUUUGAUGUUGUGAAAAAAAUAUACCUUAUGUUAGCAAUAUCAUGACCUCCACUGUAACUGUAUCAUGUACCCUUGACACCCAUUCUAUACAGCCAAGUUUUGAACAGCCUUUUGCAAUAUAGUUUUUUUAAAACCAUUAUAUCCAUGUAGCAAUAUCUUGAAAUUUGUUGUUUGAAAUGCAAAAUGUGAAAUAAACUGUGAUAAGUAUUUUAUAAUAAAGGAAUAGUAAUUAAA